CAAAAUCGAGUAGGAAGCUUACUUUCCUAUACUUAGCAAACGAUGUCAUCCAGAACAGUAAGAGGAAAGGUCCCGAAUUUACUCGGGAGUUUGAAUCUGUUCUUGUGGAUGCUUUUUCUCAUGUUGCCAGAGAAGCAGAUGAGGGCUGCAAAAAGCCCUUGGAACGAUUGCUUAACAUCUGGCAAGAAAGGAGCGUGUAUGGCAGUGAGUUCAUACAGCAGCUGAAGCUUUCGAUAGAAGACUCCAACAGCCCCCAAACUAAAGUUGCAGAGGAGAAGAAGUCUUUAAAGCGGACUUUUCAGCAAAUACAAGAGGAGGAAGAUGAUGAUUACCCUGGGAGCUACUCACCCCAAGACCCCAGUGCUGGGCCGCUGCUGACCGAGGAUUUGAUCAAAGCCCUACAAGACCUGGAAAACGCAGCAUCAGGAGAUGCAACGGUGCGGCAAAAAAUUGCCUCCCUGCCUCAGGAAGUUCAAGAUGUUUCAUUACUGGAGAAAAUUACAGACAAAGAGGCAGCGGAACGCCUUUCGAAGACUGUGGACGAAGCGUGCCUGUUGCUAGCGGAGUACAACGGCCGGCUGGCAGCGGAGCUGGAGGACCGGCGCCAGCUGGCACGCAUGCUGAUCGAGUACACCCAGAAUCAGAAGGACGUGUUGAUGGAGAAGGAGAAGAAGCUAGAAGAAUACAAACAGAAGCUUGCUCGGGUAACCCAGGUCCGCAAGGAGCUGAAGUCCCACAUCCAGAGCCUUCCAGAUCUGUCCCUGCUGCCCAAUGUCACAGGAGGUCUGGCACCUCUGCCGUCUGCUGGUGACCUGUUUUCAACAGACUAGAAUGAACCGUGUCCCUGGUGUCCGUUAUUACCAGCAGAAGUAAGAAGACUCUGGUGUUGACUGGGCAUCCAGUCUUCCAAGAUCUACUGUAGGAAGGAACUUGCAGACCCUGCUUUAACCUCUCGGCUGCUCGUGCUUCCCCUCUCUCUGGGUACACUGGCUCACGUGGAGAGAAGGGAAAGGAGCGAGUUUUUGUGAGCUCUGAAGGGAGUCGGGAUAGUCCGCAUAGGCAAACUUUUCUCAUAUUUUUCCAUACUCUUUAGUUGCUGUUUGCUCUUAUCUCUUGUUACCCCCCCCGAAACUCAUGAGAAUCAUGUACAUUCAUACCUGGAAAGCUUUCAAAGAAAGGUUGACCGUAUAACAUUUUUCUCUGUAAAAGUACUGCAUUAUUUCUGAA